GUUUAUUUCUGAACACGUGAUUUAUGCUUCUUCCAAAUAUCUUUUUGAAUAGCCAAAUUGGUUAUAUUUAUUAUACCGUGUAGUGGUCUCCUACGUGAAAUUGGCAGGAUUGUGGUUAACACAAAAUAGCCAUUAAGAUAGAAGAAGAAGAAUACGUACUUAUAACGUAGUAUUUGAUAUUGCAGAGAAUCAUUAUCUAAGAAAAAUAUUUAAAUUUUUAUCGUAUCAAAAUGGGGCGUAAAAUACCUGCAAAAAAACAUAGAGGUGUAAAAGAUCCCCAUGCACAACAGGCUAAACGUUGGCAAAGUAUCAAAGGGAAAAUUAACACACCUCCAAAAGAUCCAGAUGACCAACCUGUACCCAAAUCAUUGCUGAAUUUAUUCAACCCUCAUAAUUUGAAAAGUAAGAGUACAAAAAGAAAGAAGAAGCGCGAAAUAAAUGGUAGUUCUGCAUAUAGCUCAGCCAGUGAAAGAAAUAUUCAGAACCCAGUUUCACAAUUACGGCGACUGCCAGGGGAGUCAGGCCGCAGUUUUUCUCUACGCAUCAAUGGAGCUAUCAGGGCGUUAAAUGAUUCUGCAGAUGAGCUACACUACCCUGUGGACAACGAGCAUGAUGACGUGAAGGGCGAGCGCAUGGCGGAGCAGCGGCGGCGACGCGAGCGCAAGCGGCGACGCAACAAGGAGCCGCAGGCGCAGGAGGCCGAUGCGACCAAACUGACGCGAGGACAGCGACUCACGCUCAAGAAGAAGGCCAAGAAACUGAAACAAACUCAGGAGGUGGAGGCGCGGGAGGUGCGGGAGGUGCAGUACGAGCGCGUCGGGUUCGGGGAGGUGGCGCACGCGCCGCCCGCGCUGCCCGCGUUGCGGUCGCGCCGUGGCGGCGCCGCUGCGCAGGCGCCCGCGGUAACACGUUCUCUUGUACCUCCGUUUACGUUCCCAUAUGAAUACGCAUACAGCGUAAAGACGCACUCCUUGAUAUCAUACACUUUUGAUCAUUUUAGAUUAGAUCGAAAUCUGUUUUUGUAUAUAUUUUCCAUACAGUUAAGAUGACAUAUAUUGGUCGGAAAAUCGAUGCCAAAAACGUUAUAGUGUCACCUUUGCGAUUUUUUUUCUGUCGAGUCGACUAUCGAAAUGUAUGUUUCUGUUUUUUGCAAACGAUCGACCGUAUGUUUAAAUGAUUUUUGUUUGGCAAAUAUAAGCAUGGCCUUAGAAAAAUUUAGUUUAGUAUAUGUAGAUAGUUUCGUAAAAUAUCGUCUCGAUCAUCCAUAAGGAGAUGAAAUAAGCAUUCUAGUAAACUGUUACCGACUCGCCAGUCUCGGGGAGCCCGAGCCUGACCGAAAAAUAUUAAACGAGUACCGUUCAUAUACUAGUACACGCUUCCGAUAUAAUUCACGAGUCAUCGUCGGAAUCGUCGAGGAGCCAAUCUUUUUAACACCGCGGACGAUAUGAUUAUGAUCGUUCGUCGCCCGUCGUCUAUUUUUUUUUUACAUCGUAUUCGUCAUCGAACGGAAAGCUCGAACGGAUCGACGCAUCGCGCUCGGCACGCGGCCACUUCACAACACUACUCGAUCGUCCCGAUAGUUCACUUCACUAGUUUUCGUUUCCGAUUUCGCCCGUAUUCGCUCUCGUUUCCAGUUCAACUGCCACUAAAAGAAUGCCGGGACGGGGAGUCGACCGCGUAUUUACAGGGACCGAUACUACAUCUAGAAAGAUUUAGGUAAGGACCUCGAACAUUCUAGGUCGGCCUCGGGCCCCCCCGGUAUAUUCGAGGCGUCACCGGAAGUUCUAGAACGGCCGCCGGUGCCUUUUCUUCCCUUUCUUCCGAUUCUACCUAUAUGGCACGCGUAGUUAAUGUAGCGAAACGAUCGGAUGAUACAUCGCGCUCCUGCGCUUCGGAACAGUAUUAAACGUGCUACAAGACUAAAUCUUUCACGCGGGAGCGACCGAUCGCGCCCACGCGAUCAGUGCCCGCUCGGUAGCGGGCGCCGAUGAUCGUUGCGCGGUAGCACGCUAGAUCGUUAACGCCUUAACGUGUACAUAGUUAGCGGCGUCGAGCGCUAAGUGCGUUUAAUUGUAACCACCCACAGAACACAGAAAGACGUUAGAAGGGCCUUGUGGGCGUGGCAGUGCAGCCACGAUCCUAGACAAAUGUACAGGAUCAUGACAUCACCACGCGAUCGCGAUGUUUAGUCAUUCACGAACGCGCGCGUUGUAAGUACUGUGAAACACGCCACUAAAUGUGUUAAAAAUGCCGACUUUCGCAGUUAUUAAUUGCAAAACAAGAAGCCCAUCCUCAAGUAGGUCUAAAGGAAGGAUUUCUUUCCAUUAUUAAGUAGAACACUUCUCAAAUUUAGUAUUUUUAGUCGAAAAUCGUGAAAUGUUAUCAAAAGUGUGAAUCACAAAAAAUAUUUCCAAGAGAAUAUACAUUGCUGGAGAAGUGCGCAUAUUUAUUACAUUGCGUCGUACUAAGCACGUAAUGUAAUGAAUGUCGAGAAAUUACCCUUUUAAAUAGCAACAUAAUAGAUUACGGUAGAUGGGUAGUGAAGUGCCUGGAAAACAUUUAAUCGAUUCUUGGUAUGUUAGGUAGUAAAAACUAAAUAAAAGUAUGGACAAUAAAAAUAGUGGUAAUAAAAAAUAAAUUUAAUCAGAGAUUAACCAUAUUGACUUCGCUUGGAAUGAGUUUGUAUAUUAAUUUAAUAAUGAGUGUGGUAAUAAGUCUGUUUUUAUAUUCUUAAUAUUGUAACAGAAAACUAGUUUUUUUUUUGAACCAUUAACAACAAUACUUUUUAAAUCAUCGGAGUCUGUUCAGGAUAAGUUCCAAUAGCAUUUAUUGUACUGAUAGUAUUUUUUUAUUUUGUAUAUAUUUAUUUACAUUAUAUUGUUUGUCAAUAUUACUAGUUUCAUUUAAGCGAUGUUGCCGAUCUUAUCUGUUUACUUGAUACGAAAUCAAGUAACGUAACGUAAAAAAAAAACUUACUAUUAUGUUAUUUAUAUGCAUAUAUUUAAGCUCGACUAGUACCGAUACAAUGUUAGUUCAUUAGUAAUUUAAAUAUUUCUUAUUGAAUCAACCAACUAAUUAAGAAUUUAUAUCUAAAGAAAAAGAUAAUGUCUCAUUUAAUCAAUACAAUUCAAUGUAUAUCCAAUAUAAUAUAAAGAAAUCAUUAAUCUAGUAUCCUUUCAAUUAAUCGACUUGUUGUUUUUCAAUAUCGAUAGUAAAUAACUUUAUGUCAAUCACUAGUGUGAUAUGUCAAAUUGCGCACUAUAGAUGUCUGUUAUGGUUGAGCGUGAUUGGUUAUAGUUAUAUUGGAGCGUUCUGAUUGGCAUGUUUAAAAUACAAGUGUGUGCAUAUCUUUUGUAUAAUUGGUCUGAUUAUUCGUCUGAUGUACGGCGGACUAAAAGUGGGGCAAGACUGGCUACAUCGGUUUUCGUACAAAGGAUGCAUGAUCGCCUUUCUAACCUCUUUUCCGUGUUCUGUGGUAACCACCUGUGGGCGGCACUCGCAGGCGGGCUGGCGCGGCCUGCUGCUGAGCGGCGCCGGCGCGCUGCAGGCGGCCGAGCGCGAGCGCGCGCGCCUCGAGGCCGUGCACGCCUACCGCGCACUCAGGCGCGCCGCUCCGCCAUCCGCCACUCCGCCAGUCGCCGCUCCGCCAGUCGCCACUCCGCCAGUCGCCACUCCGCCGCUCCGCCACACCGCCGAGACAAAACGUGCCGUAAACAAAGUGCAGCGGUCUCGUCCUCUUCAACGAAUUAACAAACUGAGCUAGUUUCGAUUUAUUUAUUUAAUUAUCGUGUAAAGGACGAUUAUUUCUUGCAACACAUGACCUGCGCUCCGAUGGCGGUCCUGCGCGCUCCUGUGGGUGGAGAUUGACUCCGUUCUGUUUGUUCACCCCCGGCGACGCGGUCGAUGCCCUGCUCCGGAAAAAACGUAAUACUGCGGGAGCCGCACGAUAGGAGGAUAAGAGUCCUGUUCUUGUGUAAAUAAAUUGUUAUAUUGUGCAACAG